ACGCGGUACCGCACCCUCUUGCGCCUCCCGGCCAGACGCUCGCUGCAGCGCUUUCUCUCAGAUACAGAGCAAAACAGAGGCACCCUUGCCUGCCACACACCAUCUUUCACGGUGGACGCCUGCAGAUCCAGGCUGGACCUAUGGGCUGCCCAGUGGAGAUUUUUUUAAAGCCUCAUGGGACAUAACCAUUGCUGGAUGCCUGGUAGAAUUAAGAAAACUGACUGCAUGAGAGGCACUCUACAUGCGCGAGAAUGUUACCUGAAUCGAAGAACUAAAUGAGUCACACUUUCCUUAAUUAUAAAUGUUCUUGCUCUUCUCCACUUAAAGAUGCCUUCGCACUUCUGAUAAAUGCAAACCGAAAACUCACAAGGCCACGGCAGAGAUAAAAUCAUUACUGCUGGAAACCUGGAAGACUGCCCUUAGAAAAAGGAAAGUCCCCGAUUGUUGUUGGAAAUGCUAAGGAAGUUGCUGAGGAGGAGACUUUUUUCUUAUCCCACUAAAUACUACUUCUUGUUUCUCGUUUUUUCCCUCGUCGCCUUCUCUGUUUUAAGAAUUUAUCAAAAGCCCGAAUUUCUGAGCAUUGAACAUUUGGAUCUAGUUGGAGAGAAUCCUAAUAGUAAUAUUAACUGCACCAAAGUUUUACAGGGUGAUGUGGCCGAAAUCGAAAAGGUAAAGCUGGAGAUUCUGACAGUGCAAUUUGGAAGGCGCCCUCGAUGGACAACCUAUGACUACAUAAACAUGACUAGUGAUUGCACUUCUUUCAUCAAGAGACGCAAAUACAUUGUAGAACCUCUUAGCAGGGAAGAGGCAGAGUUUCCAAUAGCAUAUUCCAUAGUCGUUCAUCACAAAAUUGAAAUGUUUGACAGGCUCCUGAGGGCCAUCUACAUGCCUCAGAAUUUCUAUUGCAUUCACGUGGACAAGAAAUCGGAGGAUUCCUUCCUGGCCGCGGUGACUGGCAUUGCAUCCUGUUUCAGUAACGUCUUUGUGGCCAGUCAGCUGGAGACUGUGGUGUACGCAUCGUGGAGUCGGGUCCAGGCCGACCUCAACUGUAUGCGGGACCUCCACAAAAGAAACGCAGGCUGGAAGUACCUGAUCAACCUCUGCGGCAUGGAUUUUCCUAUUAAAACCAACCUGGAAAUUGUCAGGAAGCUCAAGUCACUAGUGGGAGAAAACAACCUAGAGACGGAGAGAAUGCCAUCCCAUAAAAAAGAAAGGUGGAAAAAGCACUAUGAGGUGGUGGAUGGAAAGCUGACAAAUACGGGGACUGACAAAGUGCAACCUCCUCUUGAAACGCCUCUGUUUUCGGGCAGUGCCUAUUUCGUGGUCAGCAGGAAGUACGUAGAGUACGUGCUAGAGAAUGAAAAAAUCCAGAAGUUUAUGGAGUGGGCGAAAGACACAUAUAGCCCGGAUGAGUAUCUCUGGGCCACUAUUCAGAGGAUCCCUGAAGUCCCUGGCUCACUGUCCUUAAGUCAUAAGUACGACAUGUCCGAUAUGCAAGCAAUUGCUAGGUUUGUCAAAUGGCAGUACUUUGAAGGUGACGUUUACAAGGGCGCACCCUAUCCACCCUGCAACGGGGUGCACGUGCGCUCCGUGUGUGUUUUUGGAGCAGGUGACUUGAACUGGAUACUGCGCAAGCACCACCUGUUUGCCAAUAAGUUUGACAUGGACAUUGACCUCUUUGCCAUCCAGUGUUUGGAUGAGCAUCUGAGGCUUAAAGCCCUGGAGACGUUAAAACACUGACAUUUACUGUAGGCAAUUUUAGAAAUAAUAAGGCGGCUACAUGAGAUGUAUCCCAUCUGACUCUUCGGCUCUAUUAAUUAACAUCAGAAACACUGUAGGGGUUUAGAGCAAGGACUCUAAAUCUUCUUGUCAGAGAAUUCACAUGGUCUCUGCAGAGUACAGCCAGUUAGAAAGGUUAUGGCAUUAAACCUUGACUUAGAGUUAAUGUGAGGCCACGGCAAGUUGCAAGGCAUUGUGGGGAGAGGUGACCCAGGUGGCCCGGAAGAGGCCCAAUGCAACAACCAGCCUGUUAAAAGAGCUCAGGGACUUCACAAAAUGAUAAGAUUUAACCUGUGCCAAAAUUGCUUUGAGAGCUUUAAAUAUGCCAGUCUUCCCAGUUUGAAUAAAUUUAUAGCAGCAACCAAUCAUGAGGGUAUAAUUUAUUUUGUAGGUUCUAUUUGUUGAAUUAGAAAAUUGACAUUACUGUAAAUGAUUCUUGUGAAUAUAAUGUACUGUCUGCUGCAACAUUGUGCUGUGUAUUGUAUCUAUGUCAUCUCAGGGAACUUGGAAAAAACAGGCUUGAAUGAAUGUAAAUGUUUCUGAGUAAUUUUUGCUUCUACCAAUGUACGUAUGUUUUUAAAAACAAAAAAACUGGCAAUUUCUGGUUUAGUUGAUUCUAUGAAUCAUCUUAGAUUAUUAGAAAAGAUAUCUUAGGUUAUUAAAAGAGUUAAGAUAUCUUUGUUUAUGAUAGUUUCUACAGAGUAACACUCAAUUUUGAAAAUAUUUGUCUCUCUACUGCUCUCCGCCAUCUCUAGACCCUGCUAUCAAGCUAUAUAAAAACUUGCUUUUCAUUACCCCAUAGUACUGCCUCAAUUCUAGUAUAUGAUUCGAUUGACAGUAAUUAGUGUAGAGAACUAAGACAGAAAGGUAUGGAGGGGGAGGAGCAGGAGUCAUAUUUUGCCCAUUUCUGAGGCCCACGGUGAGGGUUAAAAACCAGCAGUUGGCACUAUCCCCAGAAAUGAAGGCUGUUGCUCUUUGUCUCUAUCCAACCUCCCAGAGUUUUGCAUCCUAGUGUCCCCUAUGUCUCCAUUUGAAAGAAACUGGUUUCAUUGUCCUUGCUACUUCAUGUCACCUGCCCAUUGUUCGCUUCUUAGCCCUUGGGUUGUAUGUUUCUCUCUCUCAGAACCUAUGAGGAAGGAAGAGGUGUUCUGUUGGUCUACUACACGGUGAACUUGAAGGCCUGGGAAUCUGAAAGGUUUGAGGCGGAUUAUUUCAGUAUCGGUAUUACUCAGAGCAUAUGAUUUUUACUCUACUUUUUCACCAAAAAGACAGAUAAUUUGAGGUUGCUAUUUGCUGUCUCAUCUCAAAGUAAAUGAAGAUAUUUAAAAACAACAACAAACUUGCUCUUUUGCUAAGCUGAUACUGUUCAGCCAAAGAUCUAACUGGAAAUGUGACUUUAAACAAAAAUCAAACCAUGUACUUUAUUU